AUGAAGUCCACAACCUACCUUGUCGCUCUUUUUACUUCCUUUGCGAUCGCCGCCCCCACGAGCGUGGACCGCACUAGCGAUGACGUGUCCAAGGACGUCUGCGAGGCCCUAGAGGACGUGCCUAUUGUUUCUACUAUAUGCGAGCUGAGCACCGCGCUUUGCUGCGAUUCCAAGGCCACUGAAGCCACCUCCCUGAAGUGUGUCGCUCCCUCCACUGCACCCUUCACUAUUGCUGGCUUCGAGGCCUCCUGCCUGGUCACUGGCAAAAAGCACCCGAGAUGUUGCGUUCUCGACCUCUCUGGACUCGUCGUUUCUUGUGAUUAG